AUCAGCUGUUUUAACUACCGUUUCUAAGGAAUCUAUGUAUAUAUAUUAAAUAUGUCAGCUGAACUGAGUAAUUCUGAAAUUGAAAAGAUUGCCAGGAUUAUACAUACAUGUAUCGAUGAAAAUAAACCCCAAAAAAUCAUCAGUACAUUAUGUAUGUUGACAAUAAGUCAGCGGAAAUCAAUAGUGACUUUCAAGAUCGAUAGAAGGCCUGCAUUGUUUUAUGCAUGUUUAAAGGGUAAAGCAGAUAUUAUAAAAUAUUUGUUGGACGAAUGUGACCCUGAUGUUGAACAAAAAGGGUUUUUUAAAAUCCGAACUUAUGAAAACGAUAUUGAAGCUCCACCUUUAUGGUGUGCUACUGGUCUUGAUAAUGGACUUGCUAUAAUAAAACUUCUGACUGAACAUGGUGCAGACAUGAAUGGACCUACCAAUUCGGAUUCGACGCCAUUAAUAUCAGCGUGUAUAUUGCAAAAUAUCCCUAUAGUCGAAUUUCUCGUCGAACAUGGUGCUAACAUCAGGAAAGCUUCAGAAAAAGGAUAUUCAUGUUUAAUGGCAGCCGUAGCUAGCACGGAACUAUGUGCGUAUCUUAUUUCAAAAGGAGCAAGUGUUAACGCAUCAAGUUUGGAUGGAUAUACGGCCUUACAUUACGCUGCACACUCUCAUAAAUUAGAAACCGUGAAGCUGUUAUGUCGGAAUGGAGGAUCGAUGACCGCCAAAACAAACUAUGAAGAAACACCCCUGACAAUCGCUGCUCUUAGAGGCAGUUCGUUGGUUAUAGAAUACUUUCUAGAUACUUAUGAAUUCCCACUCGAAGAAAAAUGCGCUGCGUUUGAUUUAUUAGGUUGCUUUUUAGUAGACGAUGACGUCACACGGUGUGUUUUAAUGUGGGAAACAUCAUUAAAGCUGCGUGAUGAAGUGACUCAAACUAUGACCAAUGUUGGAAGAAAGGUGACACCUGUAUCUUACUUUCAGUAUGCAGUUGAAAUAACGUCAGUAGAAUCUUUACGUGAUCUAACUGAACCAAAUGAUCUUUACAUGCAAGCAUUACUGAAAUAUUCCAGGAUUUAUGGUGAAAGUCAUCCAGUAACAAUCAGAAAUAUCUUUAACCGCGGUGCUCUGUAUGGCGAUAACGGCUGUUAUCAGCGAUGUGUUGAACUAUGGAAGUACGCUUACACGCUAAGAUUAAAACAAGACGAUCCUUUAAAUGGUGACACUACCCAAAGCGCGAUAAGUUUAGUAAAUAUCAUUUGUAAAUUAGAAACACAAUGGAUUAACAAGAAAACAAAAGAACAGGUGCAAAUGACUGAUGUUUUGGAUGCUUUCAAGUUGAUUGUUCGUCAAAUUGAAGGCGUUAAUAUUGCUCUCACCAAACGCCCAUUUAGCAUUACUGAACAAGGAAAUUUGCAGUGCCUAAUGCAGUUAACACUACAUUUAAUACGACUUUUCCAGUUUAUUGGUGGUAGCGUGGUUGAGCGUGUAGACUUUAUAGAACAAGUUGCGUACUUGAUUCAACUGGAUCCCAGGGGAAAAAGUAAUCAGACAUUAUUACACCUAGCAGUCGAUCCCGAUAUUUCUAAAGUAGGAGAUGUUUCUCUGAUGAAAUUUCCCUCAGUUUAUGUGGUUGAUAUACUGUUGGUCUGUGGAGCAAAUACUUUUAUCCGUAGCGACGAUGGAUAUGAUCCACUGAUAAAAAGCAUUAAAUUUUCUGACCUGCCUUCUGAAAAGGUUUAAAAGAAAAUGGAAAAAAUCUGUUGAAGAAAAUUAUAGUCCAUCGUUUA